CGACAAAGCAUUUGCCAAAUCGCAAUACACAGGAACACGAGGACACCAGUUCCUUCUUCUCUCUCUCCUCCCUCCCCCUCUCCUUAAGUACCCACACGCCUCACUCUCCCGCUUUCUCUGAUAUAUCACGGACUUCCACCAGCCUCAGUCGCGAGAGCUCAGCGACAUGGCUCUUCUGCUAGACAAUUGCGAUGCCAUAUUGCUGUCCCUUGACUCCCACAAGUCGGUGCCCGCUCCCUUCCUCACCAAGACCUACCAGCUCGUCGAUGAUCCCGCCACCGAUCACAUCGUCUCCUGGGGGGAAGACGACACCACUUUCGUCGUUUGGCGCCCCCCCGAGUUCGCCCGCGAUCUCCUCCCCAACUACUUCAAGCACAACAACUUCUCCAGCUUCGUUCGCCAGCUCAACACCUAUGGUUUCAGAAAGAUUGUGCCGGACCGGUGGGAGUUCGCGAAUGAAUUCUUUAAGAAGGGAGAGAAGCACUUGCUGUGCGAGAUCCACCGCAGGAAAACGGCUCAGCCUCAUCAUCAUCAGAACCACCACGGCGUCGGCGUCCCCUCUUUCUUUCCCUUUCCUUCCAGGCUCAGCAUCUCUCCUCCCAGCGACUCCGACGACCAGCACAAUUGGUGUGACUCGCCGCCGCUCACUUCUCCGGCUCCUGUUUCUUCCCUCAUCAACGGCACCAACUACAACUCUUCCUUCACCGCUCUUUCCGAGGACAACGAAAGGCUCAGACGAAGUAACAACAUGCUCAUGUCCGAGCUCGCACACAUGAAGAAGCUUUAUAACGACAUCAUCUACUUCGUUCAGAACCAUGUCAAACCAGUCCCUCCGAGCAGUUCCUACCCUUCCUCUUUGCUCUCUCCACCUAUGACCACCACCACCCCCACUGGUUCCAUGGUGCAAAGGCCCCUGAACCAGCUUUUGGGGUACUAUUCCAUGAACAAUAAGCAAACUCCGCCUAUUGUGAACUCACCUACCAACACAUCAAAGAGCUCCAUAACCAUAGUUGAAGACCCCAGCAGUAACAGCUGCAAGACCAAGCUCUUUGGUGUAUCGCUUCAGUCUAAGAAAAGGGUGCACCCUGAGUACGGUUUUAAUCCCUCCAAUUCAUCGGACACCAGCAAGGCUCGUUUCGCUUUGGAAAAGAAUGACUUGGGCUUGAAUCUCAUGCCUCCUUCGACUUGUUAGUUGCUUUUAGAUUCACUUGUUUGAUUUUCUUUCCUUUCUAAAUCUAUUUAUUUCCCAUCCUUAAUUUUGAG